CUAUCAAAACGAAAGUUUCAAAAUGGAAUAUGAAAAACCAUAUAAGUACGGGAUGUCUGUUAAAAUUUCAAAUUGGCAUGAUCGAAUGUUGUCCUACCCUCUUGAUAAUUCCAACCCUCAGAGCCGAGGAGCAUCACAUUAUCGAACUUUUGUGGACUCGAAUCUUCAAUCAAUCCCAAAAACGACAACUCAAGAGCAAUUGGAAUCCGGAAUAAUAAGCAAUUGUGAAUUUCGACAAGUUGCAAAGGCUGAAAUAAAUUUUGUGUCCUAUCCUAUGAACGAUUUUCGCUUUGACAACUAUGGACCAAAAGAACCUCAAAUUAUCAUCCCUAGCAGCACAACUUAUCGAGAAGUCUUCAAAGCACCAAAACCUUUAAUUGAGAAAAAAGAUUGUUGUGAAAAAGUCUUGGAUCCACUUCUUAAUAGAAUUCCGAAAAAUGAUUUUGAGAUGCUUCCUUCAUCAACAAAUAAAUUUAUGGAUGACCAUUUGGUGAAACCCCAUGAAGGAAGAAAGAAAAUCAAUUUUCUUCGACAAUUGCGAAACUCUACACACAUUUUACCUUGAAAUUCAAAAUCUUUAAAUAAAUUUUAUUUUUGAAAAUAACGAUUUUUUUUCUAAAAAAAGCUUUAGUGGAGCUUUUUUAGUGG